AUGGAAUGCUCAAAAAGUUUCAGAAAAGCUCUGGUAAUUGAGAUAGUAUUUGUCGUUGUGAUUGUGGUUCUGCUGAGUGGAAAGAAUGUUGAUGGGCAAAAAGAUCAAAGUUCGGACAAUUUUGAGUACUCGGCUAUAAGUUGCAGAACUCACGGUGCGUCGUUGACUGAUUUCGGAGGAGUUGGUGACGGAACAACGUUGAACACCAAGGCUUUUAAGGCGGCAAUCGACCAUUUGAGCCAGUUUGCAUCUGAUGGUGGAUCGCAACUCUAUGUACCACCAGGAAAAUGGUUGACAGGGAGCUUCAAUCUCAUCAGUCAUUUCACUCUCUUCCUCCACAAAGAUGCUGUUCUUCUUGCUUCUCAGGAGGAGAGUGACUUUCCGGUGAUUGAACCCCUGCCAUCGUAUGGUCGAGGAAGGGAUGCACCAGAUGGAAGGUAUAUCAGUCUUAUCUUUGGGACCAAUCUCACUGAUGUCAUAAUAACAGGGGACAAUGGCACCAUUGAUGGCCAAGGCGCCAUCUGGUGGGAUAAAUUCCACAAUGGAGAGCUAAAUCACACCAGGCCUUACCUGAUCGAGAUCAUGUACUCGGAUAGCAUUCAAAUAUCGAGUCUUACAUUGGUCAAUUCUCCAUCAUGGCAUGUUCACCCUGUAUAUUGCAGCAAUAUUAUUGUUCAAGGCAUUACAAUUAUUGCACCAGUCGCAGUUCCAAACACUGAUGGGAUCAACCCAGACUCUUGCAGAAACACUCUAAUUGAGGACUGUUACAUUGUCUCUGGAGAUGAUUGUAUUGCUGUAAAGAGCGGCUGGGAUCAGUAUGGAAUCGCUUUUGGGAUGCCAACCAAACAGCUUGUGAUCAGAAGGCUCACAUGCAUUUCUCCAAAGAGUGCCGUAAUUGCAUUAGGCAGCGAGAUGUCGGGUGGAAUUGAGGACGUUAGGGCCGAGGACAUCCUGGCCAUCAAUUCAGAAUCCGGGAUUAGGAUCAAAACGGCAGUUGGCAGAGGAGGAUAUGUGAAGGAUAUAUAUGUUAGAGGGAUGACCAUGAAAACUAUGAAAUGGGCUUUUUGGAUGACAGGAAAUUAUGGUUCUCAUGCUGAUAACAAUUACGACCCCAACGCUCUUCCCGUGAUCCAGAAUAUCAAUUACCGCGACAUUGUUGCUGAGAAUGUGACAAUGGCAGCUGACUUGGAGGGAAUUCAUGGUGAUCCAUUCACUGGAAUAUGCAUAUCCAAUGUCACUAUUGGGUUGGCGCCGAAAGCAAAGAAGGUUCCUUGGAAUUGCACUGAUAUUGCAGGAGUUUCAAGUGAUGUGACUCCUCCGCCCUGUGAUCUGCUGCCGUACCAGGGACCAAAGAACAUCACAGCAUGCAAUUUUCCGACUGAGAGGCCAGCAAUCGAUAAUGUUGAAGUCCAGAUGUGUUCUUACAGAAGGAAUUAUUUAUGA